AUGAAAAGCGUCCAUCAGUAUUUGAUGGUCCCUUUGGAUUUAGGGUUAGAAAACAAACAUGACAGCCAUAGAAUUCAAACAAUUGCCCAUAUAGAUCAGAAAUUAGUUGUUGUUCGCGAAUUAGAAGACUAUAAAGCACGAUUCAGUUUCUAUGAGCUUGGAAAUCUUAAUGGAGUAGUUACAGCAACAAAAGAUGGUGACGCUCUUGAUAUCAGUUUUGGAGAUUAUUACAUUAAAGAAAUUAAAUCUUAUAAUGACAGCUUAAUAUUAUAUUUGAAGUCCACUGAUAGUGCACCGUUAUGUAAAUGGAAACCUGGCGUUGAUUCUCCUCUCUACUUUACUUAUGAUUGCGAUUUUUACGCUCUCAACCAGUAUUCUUUAGAAAUGAAUCAAUCUAUUAUCUACACAAAGAAAAACAUACUUACAUUCAUCCCGGAUUACUCAAAUAUCGAUGAUAAAAAAGAAAUUGAAUUUGAAGAAGAUAUUUUAUCGGUUUCAUUAAACUAUCCAAGCGCGUUAGUUGUCCUUAAAAAUGCUAUCGUCAAAAUCAACCUCAAUCAACCUGAUGAUAGGAUUAAAAUGUCGAAUCCUUGCGAAAAUCUUCAUAAUCAGACAAAUCAUCCUUCACCGACUUCUAUUUGUGCAUCUCGUACAAGCUAUAUCUUCUUUACAGAAAAUAUGGCAUCUUAUAUCAAUCAAAAUCUCGACGCAAGGGUAAAUAAAAUCAAUUUCGACAAUGUACCAUUCAACAACACAAAAGUUCCAAAGGGAUACUUCUCUACGACCGAUACCUCCCAGUAUAUUUACGAUUUUGCGAACGAACCGUUCAAAUUACCUGGAAUUGGCCUUCAUUCUACGACAGCAAUGAAGAUUGAUGCCAGGGACUAUACUUUCUUCGCAAAUGAUAAACAUGUCUACCAACUUUUUGAUGUUUACGAAGCAUUUGAUUUGUUAUCUCGUAAUCAAAUGAAAGAUCUAUCGAAGAAGCUUCCUGAUGCCGAGGCAGCAACCAUCUGCGCCUUCUUCCAAGUCGCCUGGAACAAUACGAUUCAGAAAACUAUACAAAAUACCGUUCAAAUUACGUAUCCUUUCAGAGAUAUGGCUUUGAAGCUGUUUGAUUACCCCGAAUUCAGAAGAUACAUUCUGGACAUCCUUACUCUGUUCUCGCAAUUGCACUUUUACGUUCAUAAAAAAGAAUAUGACGAAGAAGAGGAAGAAAUUGGAGAAGAAAUCGUAGAAUACGAGCCAAGAUACUUCGAAGAGUCCCAACUCGACUCAUCUCCACAAUCCUUACAGUCUCUUUUGGCUGCUUUGAAGCAACAUUAUCCGAAAGAACUCAAAAACACGGUAUCCAAGGAAGAGUAUGAAGAAAUAGCGAGAAUACAAGAGAUAUUCCAGACAGCGACCCUCGAAAUCCUCAUCCUCCAGAAGAAAACUCCUGAAAUUUCUCAAUUAAUCAAAUCCAAGAACAAUUACAACAAGGAUAUCAUCAUAAAGUUCAUGGAUACAAUUCCUGAUCACUCCACUCGCCUUAUUGUCUACUCAUUGCUCGGAGAAGCCAAGUUAGCAAUGAAAUCUUUCGCAUUGACAACAGAUAGAAGCACAGAAGUCAUUGAUAUCGUCAUCGGAUUACUCAAGGCCAACUCUGGUGACUGGGAAUUCAUCAAAGAGCACGCGGAUUCCUUUAUCAAGGCAGAUCCAAUUCGCGGUAUGGAAAUUCUCACAGAUCCAAGGGUAGACAUGAACAAGGCAACAGCCUACGUCACCGAGAACUUCCCUGCUCUACAGCAAUUGUUCCUACUUGGAACUGUUCAUAAUUCUUCGUUAGUUGGUCGGUCGACCAUCAUUGCCAAAUUGGCCAACGAUUUGUGUACAGCACUUUCAUCACUCCAUAAGCCUGAUUUCGAUUAUUCUACCGUUUCUUACCUUAAAUGCGUAAUCAGAUCUCCAAAUGGACAUCCUCCCAUUGAAGAUAUCGAACGCGAGUUAUCUGAUUACUUGCAGAACUUGGUAUCCACUGAAUUUAACGAAUUAGAUAAGACUAAAUUGUUAAAUAGCGUGGCAGAUUUCACAUCUUCCUCCCUGAAGAUCUCCAUCUUCCUUGCUGCAGAUAAAUAUAAAGAGGCCCUCGAUAUUAUAUGGGCAAAUAACAACGGCGAUCCAGAAAAAGCUGCUCUUUCAUGCAGAGAUUGCUCAAACCCUCCAAAGGCUUUCGAACUGCUGAUAGAAAAGGUGAAGGCUGAAUUGUCGCAAGAAGAAUUCUUAUCGGAACUAACGAAAUUGUUAACAAAGAAUAUUGAUAUUAUUGAUAUUUCUUAUGCUUUAGGUUCACUUAAUACAAAUGCUUCCUUGGACACAACACUCAUGUUUGUCGAGCAGUUGUACAGGUCUUUGAUCGCAACUAAGAGAGAUGCUGAAAUUGAAGCUGCCCACGCAGAAGCAGAACAAUUCGAAGCACAGUACAGAUUGUUAAGAGCACAAGCAGUCAAGAUUGCAGUUAAUGAAGAUGUUGAUUGCGAAGGAUGCGGAAAGAAACUUGGAUAUUCUACUUUCGAAAGAACUCCAACAGGUGCUUUGUAUCACCGACAAUGCAUUAAUAAGAAAUAA